CGCAGCCACGAGGCGGUGGGCAGAACGGCGGCACGAGAUAGUCGCCAUACCGCAGGCGACUUCGCACCAGGACAGUGAUCGGGGUGAUCAAGGAUGUUUUGUUGACAGGUUUUGCGGGGUUGUUGUUCGUGCGAGAGAAGAACGAUGAACGGGUUGUUGUUGUUGUUGUUGGUCGUUUGCGUGGUGGUGUUGGGCACGUCGGCGACAGACGCCGAAGGGAGGGAUGCGAAAUGCUGCGAGGCCACGAGGGGGUUGACCACGUGGCAGGGGUCCUGGGAGAUAUUUCCCACCGCCGGGACGUGGUCCUUUCAGACGAAACUGCCAGAAACAAUGGACGACGAGACGAGCCGACAGGAACGCGGCAAGUACAAGGUGAAGAAAAAAUUCAAGAAGUUCCUGCUGCCGCUGCUGCUCGCCUACAAGCUCAAGUUCUUCACCCUCAUCCCCGUGCUGAUCGGCGGCCUGGUGCUGCUGACCGGGGCGACCGGACUGGCCGGCUUCUUCUUCGCCCUGUUCGCCGCCACCAUGGGCCUUAAAAGUGGACACUGA